AUGGAAUUACCAAAAGGAGUCAAACAGGAAAUAAGUUGUCGAAGAGAGUUGAUACCGGAAUCGGAGAGGACGAAGUUGAAUAGUAAUUCAACACAUCGUCUUGCCUGCCCUGUUGGAUGCAAAAUUCACAUUGUUCAACAAACUCGGGCGCUUAGCAGGAAAUGCUUGAAUUUUUCGACUUUUGGCAAGUACUUUGAUGCUGAGACGAAGGACUGGUACAUCUGGUUCUGUGAGCCAUGUCAAGCAGUGUUCAAAACGGAUUGCGAAUAUGACAAGUAA